AUGUUUUUCAACUUGUUCAUUAUUCUUGGAGUCUUGUCUUGCGAGGUUUAUGCCCACGUAUGUUACGUCUACCAGGAGCCCAUGGGAAGGGGUCACGGUAGACUACCACGGUGGUGGGUAUCGGAGACCAACCCAUGUGAAUGUACCGAGAUGCGGCUAGGAGGCAGGAACAUGGUCUCCUAUAACCGGCCAUAUGACCAGGUUACUUUCUUAAUCAACGGCGUUCUCAUCAGCACUGACCCCAAGGAGAUUCAAGAUUUCUGGGGUUGUGAACAAAUAAGCGUUUCGGGAUCAGCAGAAAACAGCAUGUCAGCUGAACAAGAGAGGUCAAGGUCAUGGACAUGGUACAGGCCAAGGACAUGGCGGUGGGGUCGUUAGAUGUAGUGACCUCGAUAGCGCACACAUCGGUCGAUUAGUGAUGCUCCUGGUGCUGUAACAUACAGCAUUUCCUGCUAGAUGUGGGACUAAGUUUGAAUUAUGAGACCUAACCCUUAGCACCAUGUAAUGCUUCACUAUCAUUUGAAUAAUUGCUAAAUGUUUAAUAGUGGCUUCUUAUAAAGCGCGCAUAUCCGUCAAUCAGUGACGCUCCUGGCGCUGUAACAUACAGUAUUUCAUGUACCAUUUAAUUAUGAGACCUAACCCUAAGCACCAAGUAAUGGUUUACUAUCAUUUUGAAUGAUGGUUAAAUGUUUAAAAUAAAUGUGAAGACCUCUGGUUAUUACUCCAAACAUUUCUGGCCAUACAAACGCACUUGGUAAGAAGCCCUGCAGCUGUUCCUAAUGUAAAACAUUUUAAGAAUUGAUUCCCUUCUAAGGAACGUGGUUUUAGAGAAUGGGAUUCCAAAACAAUCCAAUCUGAGAAAUGUUUCUGCAUGAAAUGCUUCUCAGAUUGUGUAUUCCCCAUUACAGAUUAUUUUUCCUGGGUGGCGUAAACCACUCUAGAUUUGUAGCAAUACAUCUCACAAACACUACCACCUUUUGAAUUGAAAUUAAAAUAAAAAAAUGAGUCAGCUAUUUUGCUCACUUAAGUUUUUACAUAGUUUGUACUUUUACAAAACGGACAUUACUAAAAUGAUGACAUUUAAUUAAAUAUUCAAGGUUACCCUUUUUGUAGUUAAAGUGACCUGGGAGGGAAACACAAUUAUAACGAUACGGUGGAUAAUUUUCUUUUAAUAGAUGAUGUUACCAUGACAAAAGGAACUAACAAAGCGCAUCAAAUUUAAUAUUCGACCAUAACCAUAGCCAAACUUGACUGAUUGUCUGCAUGCUCAAACAAUGCGGUCAUACAAUUUCAAUUUGUUGCCCGUUUACAUUUCAGGGAUGAAGCGUUUAAACUAAGAUGAGUAAAUUUAUAACAUUAUUUGUUGACAUUGUUUACACUAUUAUUAUGUCCUUAUACCAAUAUUCCAGAGAAAUAAUUCCAUCUGAAAACUCACUGAUUCUAAAGUUCAUACCAGGAUCAAUCC